AUGCUUACAGACGAUUCGGCCUGCCCUGUGCUCACCCCACAAAUUGGAGUCUACCCGUCUGAUAGUGAAACUAAUCCAGAAUCAUUUAAUAUGGCUUUGAUGGAUCAGCCACAGUGGAGUCCAUUACCCGAUGGAGGAUUUGAAGUUAUUGACACUCUUCCUAAAAAAGAAUAUUAUAUGAGCUUGCGAAGAAUUGAUGGAAAUGGCACACUUGGAAAUAUCAAUCGCUUGGGGAGUAUCACUGGUGGAUCAGCUCUAGGCACUGGCGCUAUCAUGUCUCCUUCUAUGCCUGGAGCAUCUUCAAGCCCUCUUGUUCAAAUGAACAAGGACACUUUGCAUUCUCAUUCACAUCUUGGACGUUCGCAAGCUUCAGCAUUAGAUUUUAAACCUUCUGGCAAAAUGGUAGAUUGUACUGUAGUAAUGUUGGAUGGCUCGGAGCAAGUUUUCAAUUUAGACGCAAGUUUACUUCUUGUGAACGCAUUUUGUCUUGAUUAUCCCGUAUAA